AUGGCGGCCACAGUCGCGACAAGCCUCGUCACGGACAACGAAACACCGCCCCUUACCCCCGACCCCACGCCAGCUGUUGGAGUGACGGAUGCGGCGACCAUUUCCCCGGCCGCUGAACCUCCCGCUGUCGCGAUCACUCCCUCUGAUCCCUGGCCCCGGCCCUACUAUAUCGAAGAUGGCCUUCGCCGCGUCGUGCCGUACCAUUACACCUACAACACGUGGUGCAAGGAGCGUUGGCGCGGUCGCAAGCUGAUGGAAAUAUUCGAGGUCGAAUUCCGGGACCGGCCGGCCGAGUAUUACCGUAACGCCGUUGAGACCGGCCUGGUUGUCGUCAAUGGCAAGGCUGUCGGUCCCGAAUAUGUCCUCAAGAAUGGUGACCUCAUCUCCCACACCACUCACCGUCACGAGCCUCCCAUCACAGCCGAGCCCAUUCGCGUGAUUCACGAAGACAAUGACCUGAUUGUCAUCAACAAGCCGUCCGGUGUCCCCGUCCACCCCGCUGGCCGCUACAACUACAAUUCUGUCGUUGAGAUUAUCAAGUCCGAGAGGGGACCUGAUUUCCUACCCCGUCCCUGCAACAGGCUUGACCGGCUCACCAGCGGUAUCAUGUUUCUUGCCAAGAACCAGCGUGCGGCCGAACGUCUCGUUGCUCAAAUCUCUCAGCGCAGUGUCCGCAAGGAGUACAUCGCCAGGGUUGUUGGCAGGUUUCCCGAUGGCGAAGUGGUUUGCGAUCAACCCAUCCUUCAGAUUUCCCCCAAACUAACCCUCAACCGUGUGCGCGCCAACGGCAAGGCGGCACGUACCGUUUUCAAGCGCCUGGCCUAUUAUCCUCCCGUUGACCCGCCUGCCAAGGGUCAGACCGAACAACCGGCUAUGCCGGACGCAGAGCAAACGGCGCAGAGGAGGGGUGAAGGAGAAGGAUAUUCCAUUGUCCGCUGCCUUCCUGUUACCGGAAGGACUCAUCAAAUCCGGGUUCAUCUCCAAUUCUUAGGUCACCCCAUCCAGAACGACCCGAUCUAUGCCAAUCAAAAGGUCUGGGGGUUUGAUCUCGGCCGUAACGAUGCCGACGCAGCUCGGAACAGUGACGAGGAUGUCAUUUCCCGUCUCUCCCGGAUGGGCAAGGAAGACGUUGCUGAUGCGGUUGCAUAUUAUGACGAGAUGGUGGACAACUACCAUAAGAAGAAGGCCGAAAAGAUGUCUGGUCAAGUCUGUGACGUCUGCCAGACACCGCUCUAUACGGACCCUGGUGAGCAAGAGCUUUCGCUCUGGCUUCACAGUCUCAGAUACGAGGAUGCUGAUGGAGCAUGGAGCUAUGUGAGCCCCUUACCCGCCUGGGCGUUACCUCCGAGUGGCAUGACAGGACCGACACAGGUAGGCGGAAUGGAGGAUCUUGUAAGCGCUGUCGAGGCAAGCUCAACAUAA